CGUCACUGUUGUUAUCCGUACCGGUCUUCGGUCUUACCCAAACACUUGCUUCUUUCUCUAUAUAAAACGUUCAGACACCCUCCUCAACUUCAUCCAAACCAAAAACACACAACAAUACAGUCGUUAAUAAAACAUCAACAUCAUCAUCAUCGUCGAAGCUGCACAUAUUCACAAAGCUCAAUUUAGAUUAUCCUUUUUCAGGCUCAUAUUCUUAUAUUGAAUCUGUUGUGGUUCAAGUCUGAAGCAAAGUGUUGAGAAGCUUACAGAGGGUGGUGUUUUUCUGAUUUGGUACUCAGAUUAAUAAAUCUCCCAGUCACAUAAUUCAGCUGAUGCCAUCUUAGGAUGGACUCACAACAGCUUUUCAGUUUUGGUGUUGCAAGUGCAGGAUUACCUUACAUGCCAUCUUUUCCCACUGUUCCAUCCCUACCCAACAGGCUGCUUGGAUCCUUGAAAUAUGACACUGGAAACUCACCUAAUUCACCAUUUUCCACUUAUUUUGAUUCUGACACCCUUUCUGCAUUGAGUGACAGCCAUGAGCAAUACAGCCCCGGAGAAAUCCUCUCUGGUGUCAGCUCCUCUUGUAACUCUUCACUGGAAACCAACCAAUAUAUGCAUAAAUCAAUCUCUUCUGUGGACUUCAUAGACAAUUUCCCACUAUAUUCUGCUUGGAACUCUUUUCCACAGAAUCUGAAUAGUAGUCUGAAAAUCCAACACGCUUUGCUAGAGCUAGAAACUGCUCUGAUGGCCCCUGAUGAUGAUCAAGUUACCACACCAAAUACAUUGGCCGGGAGCAGCAGACAAAUGGCAUCUGGCCACAGAUACAAACCCUGGAGGCAUGAGAACGAUGGAUCACAAUAUGCUCAGCCAUCAUAUGUUCCCAGCAGUAGGCUGUCAAGUGAAGUUGUGCAUGUAGAGAAACGCCAAAAGUUGACGGAGGAACCAUCACUACAAGCAUUCCCACCAAACGAUUUGAAGCAACUCCUGAUUGCAUGUGCCAAAGCCCUUCAUGAAAACAACAUCAAAGAUUUUGAUCAAUUGGUAGGAAAGGCUAGAGAUGCUGUGUCCAUCAACGGGGAGCCAAUCCAGCGGCUUGGCGCUUACAUGGUAGAAGGGCUCGUUGCAAGGAAGGAAGCAUCAGGGAAGAGCAUCUAUCAUGCCCUUAGGUGCAGAGAGCCUGAAGGUGAAGAAUUACUCUCUUACAUGCAACUGUUGUUUGAGAUUUGUCCCUACUUAAAAUUUGGUUACAUGGCUGCCAAUGGAGCCAUUGCGGAAGCCUGCAGAAACGAGGAUCGCAUACACAUUAUAGACUUCCAAAUUGCUCAAGGAUCUCAAUGGAUGACACUUCUUCAAGCCCUUGCAGCAAGACCUGGUGGUGCUCCACAUGUUCGGAUAACGGGGAUUGAUGAUCCUGUUUCUAAAUAUGCACGAGGCGGCGACGGAUUAGAUAUUGUUGGUAAAAGGUUGGGCUUGAUGUCUGAGAAAUUUGGCAUCCCAGUUGAGUUUCAUGGAGUGCCAGUUUUUGGUGAAGAAGUGACAAGAGAAAUGCUAGAUAUCAGGCCUGGAGAGGCCUUGGCAGUGAACUUCCCCUUGCAGCUCCAUCACACAGCUGAUGAGAGUGUUCAUGUGAGUAACCCAAGGGAUGGACUAUUAAGAUUGGUGAAGUCACUUUCUCCCAAGGUGACCACACUGGUGGAGCAGGAAUCAAACACCAACACAACCCCUUUCUUCAACAGGUUUAUCGAAACCUUGAAUUACUACUUGGCAAUCUUCGAGUCUAUUGAUGCCAGCCUCCUCCCAAGAGAUAGCAAGGAGCGGAUCAAUGUGGAGCAACAUUGUCUGGCCAGGGAUAUAGUGAAUAUUAUUGCUUGUGAAGGCAAGGAAAGGGUUGAGAGACAUGAACUAUUGGGCAAGUGGAAAUCCAGGUUAACAAUGGCUGGAUUCACUCAGUCUCCUUUGAGCUCUUAUGUGAAUUCUGUCAUAGGAAUCCUUCUCAAGUGCUAUUCAGAACAUUAUACUCUUUUAGAGAAGGAUGGAGCCAUGUUGUUGGGGUGGAAGGAUAGAAAUUUGAUAUCAGCUUCAGCCUGGCAUUGCUGAAACAUGGCUGAAACAUACAUAGAUAGGAAAUACUGUCUAGUAGUAAUGGUAGUACAGGUAUCGUGAUGAUGGAAGCCACAUGGUAGUUGGAGAGGUAAAAUUUAAGGUUUAUGUUCACUGUUAGUGCUAUGAAUUUCAUCAUACUUCUAUAGGACUUUGCCGUACCUUAACAUUUGUCCAUAAAGAGAGACCUAGUAUAUUGAUUCUUUUAUAUAAGAUUUCAAGUAUAUCAGAUGUUCUUCUUCUUUAGAUA